AUGGAGCAAUUUCGAGAGAUAGGAGAGGUAUUAGGAAGCAUAAAAGCGUUGAUGGUGUUCAAGGAUAACAUUCAAAUCAACCAGCGUCAAUGCAGUCUGUUACUCGACCUCUUCACCGCGGCUUACGAUUCGAUUUCGGAAUCUAUGCGGUCGAAUUUACGGUUCCAAGAGAAGAACGCUAAAUGGAAGAUUUUAGAACAGCCAUUGAGAGAGCUUCUAUGGGUGGUACGAGAAGGAGAGGCUUACGUUAGGAUGUCUUUAGAGCCUAAGCUUGGGUUUUGGGCUAAGGCUAUUGUGUUACAUGGCAAUAGAGAUUGUACAGAGCUUCACAUACAUAACUUGCUCUCUUGUGUACCGAUUGUAGUCGAAGCAAUCGAGAUUGCGAGUAAGGUUUCAGGGUGGGAUGUAGAAGAGAUGAACAAGAAGAGGUUGGUGCAUUCUAAUAAGUAUAUGAAGCAAUGGAAUGACUCUCAGAUGUUUACCUGGAAGUUCGGGAGAGAGUAUUUGGUGACCGCGGAAUUCUGCAAUCGGUUUGAGAGUGCAAGGAAAGAGGACUUGUGGAUUCUAAUCAAGGAGCUUGAGGAGAAAAAUCAUCCCGGUUCAAGCAAACAUGAUAGGAAGAUGGCUGAUUUCCUUCUGAAGAACAUAGGAGACAGAAACGAUAAGCUAUUUCCGUCUUCUCUUCUGGUUAACGCGAAAGAUUACCAAGUGAAAAGAAGAUUAGGGAAUGGAAGUCAGUGCAAGGAGAUUACCUGGUUAGGUGAGAGUUUUGCACUUAGGCAUUUCCUUGGGGAUAUUGACACUUUGCUUCCUCAAGUUACUCCAUUGCUAUCUCUUUCACACCCAAACAUUGUAUAUUAUCUCUGCGGAUUCACGGAUGAGGAGAAGAAAGAGUGUUUCUUGGUCAUGGAACUGAUGAGUAAAACCCUCGGUAUGCACAUCAAAGAGGUAUGUGGUCCGAGGAAGAAGAACACUCUCUCCCUCCCGGUCGCGGUUGACCUGAUGCUUCAGAUAGCUCGGGGUAUGGAAUAUCUUCACUCGAAGAGAAUAUACCACGGAGAGUUGAAUCCAUCCAACAUUCUUGUCAAACCAAGAAGAAACAACCAAUCUGGAGAUGAUUAUCUGCAUGGGAAGAUUUUUGGGUUCGGGUUGAAUUCUGUCAAGGGCUUCUCUUGUAAAACUGCUUCUUCGACAAGUCAGAAUGAGAAUUUUCCAUUCAUAUGGUAUUCCCCAGAAGUGCUGGAGGAACAAGAACAGAGCGGAACUGCGGGAUGUCUUAAGUAUACUGAUAAAUCUGAUGUGUACAGCUUUGGGAUGGUUUGCUUUGAGCUUCUGACAGGUAAAGUACCAUUUGAAGAUAGCCACCUACAAGGAAAUAAGAUGAGUAGAAACAUUAGGUCUGGGGAGAGACCUCUUUUUCCAUUUCAUUCACAUAAAUUCAUAACAAACCUGACAAAAAGAUGCUGGCAUGCUGAUCCGAUUCAGCGUCCAACUUUCUCCUCGAUAACCAGAAUUCUCAGAUACAUCAAACGGUUUAUAGCUUUGAACCCAGAAUGUCACGGGAGUAUCCAACAAGACCUACCUGUUGCUCUUCCUAUGGAUUACUGUGAGAUUGAAACUAAGCUGUCGCAGAAGCUUUCAUGGGAAUCUACAGAGUUACCUCUAGUUUCACAGGUUCCUUUUCAGAUGUUUGCAUAUAGGGUUGUGGAACAGGAAAAGACUUGUAAAAAGAAUACCCUCCGAGAUACAUCUGAAUCGGGUAGUGAAUGGGCUUCGUGUAGCGAGGAUGAGGGCGGGGCUGGAACAGAUGAACAGGUGUCCCCUGAGAAGGAAAGGAGGUUUUCAAUCUCCAAUGAUAUUGGUAUGAACAAGAAGGCUGUUUCAAAACUUCUGAAAAGAGCUUCUGGCCUGAAACCAAUUCAAAAACCAGGAACACUCAGAGGACGAGCACGGCAUCCUCCACUGAGCCCUUGUGGGCAAAGCAUGAGAACGAGCUCUGAGAGUCAGCUGAUAUUGAUAAGCCCAAGGAUACGCCGAUCCAACUCUGGUCAUGCAUCUGACUCUGAGCUUCCCUAG